UAAGGAUUAUUUAUUUCAACAUUGAUAUUUUAUAACAAAUAUUCAAAAUAGCGAAUCACAAUUCACAAUAGGCCUAGAAAGAAAACUAGCUGACAACUAUUUUUAACUAGCCGGUAGCAAGUUACUUUUACCAAGAAUGAGAUCUGUGGUGCAGGAUGCAUUGAGUCCAACUGACGGAAUUCCGAAAUUUACCCUGGAAACCGAUAUAGAGGUACCUUCGCCAGAGAAAUUUGACAUUGUUGUACAAGUAAAAGCAUGUGCUUUAGCAAAACAUAACACAAAGAUACUGACAGAAGUACAUAAGAAAAGCCAGAGAGACAGAUACAGUGUUGGACAUGAUGUGGCUGGCACUGUCGUCAAAGUUGGUCAGUCUGUGACCAGUGUAGCUCUCGGAGACAAUGUUGUAGGUAUUGUGCCACUAAAUGCCAGAUACUCAGGAUGUGGAGAAUUUUGUUUAUUGUCUGAGUAUGAUGUAGUCAGAAAGCCAGACAGAUUGAGCUUCACUGAGGCUGCAGCAGGGAUCGGGGACUGUGUGAGGGCAUACACAGCCUUACAUUAUCAGGCACGUGUUUGUGGAGGGGACACAGUACUGGUGAUUGAUGGGGCAACACCUUUUGGAUGUGCAGCUCUCCACCUUGCCAGUCAUUGGGGUGCCAAGGUCAUCACAACCUCCAGCAGUCAGGAUGAGAGGAACUUUAUUGAUGGUCUACAAAUAUCAAUAGCUCAGGUGAUAGACAUCAGUAAAAGGAGCAACAUUUUAGCCAGCAGUGUGAUGGAGGAGACUGGGGGUGUGGGAGUGGAUGUUGUCAUUGACAACGGAGCGUGUAUGUUUACUAGUGAGGAAGACAUCAAUAUCAUGGAAGAGAAAAGAAAAUAUUCUGUACCACACAAGCAUGAGCUAAUCUCCUGUCUCGGGGCCUGUGGAAAAUGGAUUACAUCUCAACAUAAUCUUCAGCUGGACCCACCAGAUAGCCAACAGUUGUUUCUGCGAGGGGCCAGUGUUAGCUUUUUGUUUGACAAAGUAUGGAAUUUGUCCUGUUCUCAACAUGGACGAUAUCAACAUAUAUUACAUGAUGCUGUAGACAAAUUAGAGAAAGGAGUCAUUAAGUGUAAGAUAGCUAAGGAAUUCACACUGGACCUAGCAGUUGAUGCAAUGGUGCAUCUCGAUCAAUUACGAAUAGGACGGGCAGUCGUAAACAUGUGAAAUGUCACCAGCGAUGCUCAACGCUUGCACCCAUAAUUGAACUUGUAGAGUUAAGGACAAAGCAGGAUUAGUGGCUAUGUUUAGGAAAUUGACUUUGAUAUUUAUGUGCCAUGUUUUAAUUUGAAUUAAAGCAUAAUCUCUA